AUGUCUACUUCUGGUUAUUUGAACUCGAGUAUUUCUCCUGGCCCCUUCAUUUCCCGGCCAUCCUCGCGCAACUCACUGCGCUCAUCGAGCCCAAUAAUUACACUGGCAGACGAGACACUGGCCAUCCGCACGCACAUGUCCACGCUGAAGCACACCAUUAGGCAUCAGCAAGCUCAACUACACACCCUCGAGAACGUCAUUCUGCGCGGCCCACGUCCGCUUCCUCCGGGGAUCAUGAACUCCCCCCCACUCUCACCGACGGACCCCGAGACGGCUCCGUCGCCCGGCCAGACCACGUUUCUCACACCGAAGCUGCAGAAGCGUGCGAGCUACGACAUCCUACAAGGUCUUGCGGGACCGGACUCGAGCCUCCCGCUCCCGAGGCGUGACAUGCGUCGCCUCUCGUUUGGUGACGAGAACGGCAUCCGCGAGGGCAUCCCGACGUCGAACGGAAGGCGCGCGCCGAGCCCUACGCGCACUCUCAGUCGGAUCCCAGUAUCGUCCGUGGGGAACGCACGCGCCCUCGCAGAAGAGGGACAGCAAGACGGGAACGCGUCCCAGCUCGGGAUAAACCUCGGCGCGUCCUCGUCGUCUGCCACUCCUGCGACCUCGCCGAACCGCCGCUCGUCGUUCGCGCCGGGCAACACAACCAGGGUGCUCGCGGACCUCCAGGCGGGCGUGCUUAACGCGAAGACGGCGCUGGAGAACACCAAGGCGCAGCUGCGGAUAAGCCAGCGGCAGGUGAGCCAGCUGACGCGGCAGACGGAAGACUUGAAGGAGGUGCGGGAGCGGUUGCGCAUGGAGAACGAGGGCCUGAAUAAUGUGGUGGCGAGAAAGGAGCGGUUAUUGCAGGAGACACUCGAGCGCGCGCGCAAAGCGGAGGCGGAUAUCAUCUCCCUGAAGACGCAACUCAAAAGCGAAACUACAAAUUCCAAGAAGUCUCUCCGUGACACGGAGGCCGCUUUGGUAGAGUCAACUGCGCGCUCUCAAAAGGCUGAGCGCGAAUAUAUUGUCCUGCGAGACUCGUUUAAGGGUCUCGUCGAGUCGUUUCAAUCGGAUACAGAGGCGCUACAGGAGGAGAUGCGCAAGCGGGAAGAGAAGGUCAAGCGAGAGGCGGAGGAGCUGGGAGUGCGGUAUGGGCAGCUCGUAGAAGAGGUGAGAAAGGAGAGGGAAGGGGGCCGGUCGGUGGAGGUGCAGCAGCUAAAAGAAGAGAGCGAACGGUUACGGAAGGAGAUGGAGGAGAGCUUCCGGCAAGACAUAGGGCUUCUGAAGGCGGAAGUAGAGAAGUCAGGGAAGGAAAACGAGGAGGCUUGGCAGACGGCCAAGUACCUGGCAGACGAAUUGGCUCGUCUCCGCCGUCUCAUGCGCGCAGAAGGCUCUUCACCUACAGGCGACGCACCCUCAUGA